UUCAAUUACUAUUUUUGUCUUGUCAAAGUUCCACCUCUCGUGGUCCAUAAAACAAGGAUGUUCAUUCAUUAUUUUCUCUCCAUAGUUAUCUUUGAGUCUAUUCUAUUGCUCUAAUUUUUCAUUCUCCAUUUCCCCUUUGAUCAUUAACAUUUCAUCACAGGGUGUUUCUUUCUCAUUGCUGACAAAAUGGCAAACGCGGCGUCGGGAAUGGCUGUGAAUGAUGAAUGCAAACUGAAGUUUCAGGAGCUUAAAUCAAAGAGGAGCUACCGGUACAUCGUGUUCAAAAUAGAAGAACAACAAGUUGUGGUCGAAAAAUGUGGAGAGCCUAACGACAGUUAUCAGGAUUUUAUGGCUAGCUUUCCGGCAGAUGAGUGUCGUUAUGCUGUCUAUGAUUUUGAUUUCACAACUGAUGAGAACUGUCAGAAAAGCAAGAUCUUCUUUGUUGCAUGGUCACCAGAUAGCUCAAGGGUGAGGAUGAAGAUGGUGUAUGCAAGUUCAAAGGAUAGAUUCAAGAGAGAAUUGGAUGGUAUUCAAGUUGAACUGCAAGCAACUGAUGCAAGUGAGAUGAGCUUGGACAUUGUGAAAGCAAGAGCCCUCUAA